CAGGCAGGAGCCAGCAGAGUGGCUGUCUGGAGGACUCUAGGACAAAGGCCAGGUGAGUAGGGGCACUCAGCCUGUAGUCCGGCCGGCUGAGCAGGAGACCUCUGUGACCUCUCUCCCAUCCAGCUGCCCAGAGCUCCCUGACCCCGCAUGGACGCUGUGGACGCCACCGUGGAGAAGCUCCGGGCACAGUGCCUGUCCCGAGGGGCCUCGGGCAUCCAGGGCCUGGCCAGGUUUUUCCGCCGCCUGGACCGGGACAAGAGCCGAUCCCUGGAUGCGAGGGAGCUCCAGGGGGGCCUGGCUGAGCUGGGGCUGGCGCUGGACAUGGCCGAGGCGGAGGGCGUGUGCAAGCGCUGGGACCGCGAUGGCAGUGGGACACUGGACCUGGAGGAGUUCCUGAGGGCGCUGCGGCCCCCCAUGUCCCAGGCCCGGGAAGCAGUCAUUGCAGCUGCGUUUGCCAAGCUGGACCGAAGUGGGGACGGUGUGGUGACCGUGGACGACCUCCAGGGGGUGUACAGUGGCCGCGCCCACCCCAAGGUGCGGAGCGGGCAGUGGACCGAGGAGGAGGUGCUUCGCCGCUUCCUGGACAACUUCGACUCCUCCGAAAAGGACGGGCAGGUCACGCUGGCUGAAUUCCAGGACUACUACAGCGGUGUGAGCGCCUCCGUGGACACGGACGAGGAGUUCGUGGCCAUGAUGACCAGUGCCUGGCGGCUGUGAGCAGGCCCUCGCUCAGCUCGCACACCGGCAUGUAGGACCCCCACCAUAGCACCCCUGGGCCAGGACAGCCCUGGGCGUGGGGGCUGGAGGGGAGUGUGGGAGGAUUUAGGCUGCAGAACCAGUUGGACCAGGUCUCUCAGGACCCUCUUGUCCACCAGGCCCAAGGAGGACAAAGGACCCCUGGGAGAAAGGUCCUACCUGCCUGCACCGUGCUGCCCCUAGGGCUCAUGAAGCCACUGUAGAUGCCCCCACUACGCCCCCUCCAGGCCUCCUGUUCUGCUCAGUGAAUCCCUGGCCCUGCCAGCACUCCCCCCACCCUUUCCCUCCUGGUCCCAGGGAAGCCAAGAGGCCUUGGGGGGCAGGGAGCAAAGGGCUCUUCCCGGAAGCCAGGCUCUGCAUGGAGGGGCAGGUCUCAGAAGGCAGCCAAGUUGGGUGGCCUGUCCAGACGGAGAGUGUGGGGCAGGCGCCCAGGGCAGCAGGCAGGCCAGCUGCCGCGGAGCCUUCCCCCGGGAGGUAGAGACCAUUCCUGGCUAGGCCCGCGGGCUUCCUGAGGCCCGUGGGGGCACACAGGAGGCCAGGGGUUUAGUUAAAAGUUUUAAUGUAGUUCCCAAAUACAUUUCAUAUGACAAUCUUACAUAAAUGUUCCAAAACA